AUGAACUCAUCAAAGUCGAUAUCAAGUUCAUCGACAAUUCAUUAUCAUCCAAAGAAUAAAAUUAAAUUUAUUCCAUUUGGAUCAACGACAGCUAAUUCAAGUUUUGAUGAUGAAGAAACAAUAAAUAACAAUAAUACCAAUAACAUAAUAGUAAAUAGUAAAUCACCGAUGUCUAAUAAAACAACAACAACAACAAUAAUAGAUUCAAGAGAUCAAAGCACUCAUGUAAAAAGUAAUAAAUUAAAUUUUAGCGAUGAAAUUAGUACAACCAAUAAAAGUAAUAAUAGUAAUGGUAAUAAUAUAAAUGUAGAAUAUGAAGAAGAAAUAAAAAACAAUAAUAAUAAUAAUAAUAAUAAUAAUAAUAAUAAUAAUAAUAAUAAUAAUAAUAAUGAUGAUGAUUAUGACAAUAGGUAUGAUGAAGAGGAUCAUCUUGUAGAUUUUGAAGAAGAUGAUAAAUUCUCAUCUUCAUCAUCUUCAUCAUCUUCAUCAAAUUCAUUGUCAACUUUAGAUCAACAACAAUAUAGCCAGCAGCAUCAUCAUCAUCAUCACCACCAUCAUCAUAAAAAUUCAAAUACAUUGGUUGAUAGUAGUGGUGGUAGUAGUAGUAGUGGUAGUAAAUUAUCAUAUACAUUAACAUUUAUAUUUGGUUUAAUUGUUAUAUUUGCAUGUAUUUUUUAUUUUUCAAAGAAUUUAGUAUCAUUUUUAGAGUUUGUAAAAGAGUUGGGUUUAUUGGGUAAUGUGAUAUUGGGUAUCGCAUUCUUACCAACUGGUAUACCAUUGGCAAUAUUUAGUAUAUAUAUACCGUUGACAUUAUCAGCUGGUUUCAUUUAUGGAUUCGUACCAGGUUUCAUCACGGUUGCUAUUGGAAGUGCAAUCUCUGCAAGUUUUGGAUUUUGGACAACUAGAAAAUUAUCUUUGAAAUUCUUUGAAUCAAAAAUUGAACAAUCACCAAAAUUAUCUUCACUAAGAAAUAGAGUUGAACAACAUCCUUUCAAAAUUAUAAUCAUUAUGAGAUUAUUACCAAUUCCAUUUGGUAUUCAAAAUGGUUUAUGUGCUGUAUGUGUAACAAGAAUUUCAUAUACAAAAUUUAUUUAUUCAUCAGUGAUUGGGUUAACAUUUGAAAAUCUAUUAUUAUCUUAUCUAGGUAGUUCUAUAAAAUCAAUAACAGAUAUUACAAAUGGUCAUCAAAAUGCGUUUUCAUCAUAUCAACAAGGUUUAAUUGCAAUUGCGAUUGUUGCUGCUAUAAUUUUAACUUGUAUUGGUAAAAAGGUUUUAUCUUUAUCUGCUUAUCAUCAACCACUACCUGUAACAAUGAAUGAUAUAAAUAAUAAUAAUAAUAAUGGUAUUAAUAAUGAAAAUAAUAGUAUUAUUAAUAAUAAUAAUAAUAAUAAUAAUAAUAAUAAUAAUAAUAAUAAUAAUAAUACUAAAGAUAACCAAGCAAAAGAUAUUGUAUUGGUAAUAAAAUCAACAUCUUCAUCAAAUUUAAUACCACCCACUCCAACACCUUUAACUUCUGAUGUUAUAUCAAUAUCAAAAGAAAAUAAUAAUUUAAAUUCAACUAUUAGUUUAACAACAUCAAUAUCAAAUACUACCAAAAAAUUAGAAAAAAUUAAAUAA